AUGGCAAAGUUUGUGUUGGCUGGCAAAACAAACUGCCCCUAUUAUGCCAAAGCGGAACUUUUGGCUGAUAGACUACAGCGUUCUUUGCCUGAUUUCCGCAUUCACAAGAUUUCAAUCCUCCCAGAUGAAUGGCAGGAUUGGCUAGAGGAAACUUGUGUAAAAAAUGGCUGGAAUCAUGAAGAGUCCCCUCUGGUGUGGAGAGAACUGGUGCACCAAGGAGGCAAAGGAGUGUUCUUAGGAGGCUUCUGUGACUUCUUAGAGCACUGUCAGAACUACUACAAUAUCACAUCAGACAUGUCUGAAGAAUUGAUGCAGAAUAUUGCAGAAGAAAACCUCGUCACUAAGCUAGACCUCAUUAUGGAGGACGAACAUCGCGCUAGCCUGGUCCAACCCCUUCACAUAUGGAUCAGUAGCGCCUUAAAUACAACGUGCAACAUGCUGCUCCCCAGUCUGCUCUCCGCUGACGUGUUGUCUCAAGCCUCUGCUAUUAGCCUCCAUCUGCUGGAUCUGGAAGGCAAUGAGGAAGAACUGCAGUCUCUGAUGAUGGAAACUGAAGACCUGGCUCUGCCUCUGCUCCAUCAGGUGACCAUUCACACGGAUCUGCGAGAAGCUUUCCAAAAAGCCGAGAUCGUCUUACUGCUGGAUGAGCGCUCAUUGGAGGGUGAUCCAGCUGAACGAGGGCAAGACCAGAAAGCCAUCAAAGCGGUGGUAGAUCUGUACACGGAAUACGGGCGGUUGAUUGGGACGAGGGCCAACAACAACGUGAAGGUCAUCGUUUCCGGCGGCUCACUUGUGAAUCUGAAAUGCUCGGUUCUACUGAAAGCGUGCUCCAUUGACAGCAGUCACUUCGUCGCCGUUGCGACUCAACUAGAGAAUCAGGCCAGAGCGGCCAUCGCCAACAAGCUCAAAGUCAGGACUUCAGAGGUGACAGAUGUCAUUGUGUGGGGAGAUGUCGGAGACAGCUUCUACGUUGAUCUGCAGAGGGCAAAUGUUUUCAAUUUUGAUGGACCGACCAAAGGACCACCCUUCUUUUCUCAACCAAUACUUGAGAUUGUCUAUGAAAGGGAAUGGGUAGAGAAGGACUACCAAGAAAUUGUGCGCAGUCAGGAGGCAGCCGUCAUUUCAAAGACCGGUCAUGGGGCGGACAUGUCGACUGCCAAUGGGAUCCUCACUCUUCUAAAGGCCUGGAACGGAACCUCCGCUCCCACUCAAAUGUUCUCUGUGGGGAUCUUGUGCACAGACCUUUACGACCUUCCGACCGACGUCGUCCUUUCGGUGCCGGUGGUCUUUAAGAACGGUCGAUGGUCGGCGCUGCCCGGCCUUACAGUCGGAGACGAUCUGAAACACAAACUUGACCUUUCUGCAAGUCAACUCAGAUCUGGUUCAUCCAUCACCGUCAACGGCAGCCAAUGA